AUGAAUUCUCCAUAAAACUUAGACUAAACAAGGGAAGAGAAGAAGGAGAUCUUAUUUGAAAAUUUAGAUGUAAAAAGCUUUGAAUGGAGACCAUACAAAUGUUUUAUAAUGCUAUAUUUAUUCAAUGCCACAAUUGCAUUGCCGGUUUUUACCUUUAAAUUGUUUUAUUUAUACGUUGGAUAAAUUGUAAAAAGCAUCAGAUUCCUAAGAAUAAUUCAAGUAUUUAUUGAAUACAAUUUGUUUUAGUGUUUGAAAGCUAUAAUCUUCUUUGUUUGCGACCUUGCUAUGAUGUUAUCAAUUUUAAUGAUGUAUCUUCUUGUUGGAUUAAGAUAUAAAUAUACAAUAAAUUAUGAAGAUUGGGCAAUUUCUUGCUUAAUAUUUCUGUAAUCUCAAAUUUUAAUGUCCUCAUAUGUUUUAACAAUAUCAAUUGACAGGAAAGAAUUGGACUGUGAUUUUCUAGUUUCGGAGGCAAAUAUGAGUAAGUUAGGUCUUGGAAGAUUGUAUUAAAAAUUAUUGCAUUAAAAUCUUUCGCCAUAAAAAAAGGAAGAGUUAAAACAGGAAAAUUUAUAUAAAUAGAUUAGAGUUGCUAUGGAAACAGAAAAUAUUGAUAGCACCCUUUAUUAUAUCGCUCUUGAAUCAGAUCCUGGCAUUUGCACUAUAGAUGAUAUAAUAUCGUUGAAUGAUCAUUCGAUAAUACAAUUAAUUGAGAAAGCUAGUAAAAUAUUAUCCAAUUAACAUGAUAUUCCACUUGAGAAAAAGUAAUUUGAAUAACCAAUUAAUAAAUUGAAAAUCUUAAAAGAAUUAAGAGCUUUAGGUUUCAGAGGCUACAGACAUGCAAUAGAUAAUUUCCUUUGGCCUCAUUACGAUUACAUAAAAGUUAAAUAAGAAAAAGAUCCAGCAUCUAUUCUCUUAAUAUAUUUAAUAGUAUUAAUGGCGAAGGGAAGCUUUCCCCUUUUUCUGUUAUUAUCAGCAGAAAAUGUUCUAGAUAUUGAAUUCGCCUUUUUUGUAUGUUUCUUAGGAAUGUAUUUAAACAUGAUAAUACUGCUCAUUGAUUUAAUCAAAUGUAAUGAUAUUAAAGGAAAAAGAUAUAUACUUAAUGUAUUGCAGACCAUGAUCAUUCCAAAUAAAGCUCAAGAUCAGUUGGAAGAUGAAAAUGAUAGUGGAAAAGAUGAAAUCCCAGAUGAUUUGCCUUACAAUUCAGAUUUUAAAUUAGAUUUUAGCUGUAAUUUGAGUUUAGAGUCUUGGGAUAAUAUGAGAAGAUUAACUCUAUUAAUAGAUAACGAUUGGAUGGACUAUAAUGAAGCAUAAAUAGCUUUUGUUUUUCUUUACUUUAUAUACUUGUACAUGAAUUUGUCAUCUGUAUUUCUAGACUUUGAUUUGAUUCCAAUAUUGCAUUAAUUCUUUUAAGAUCCAAUUUUACAAUGGAACAUGAUUGUGGAUUUUACUUGUCUAGCUAUAUUGUUCUUAAAUAGAGUAUAUUAAGGCACUUUUUAUAAUAAGACCUUUGAAAAUAUUAUUGAAUCAAUCAAAAAACUAGAAACUGUUUAUGAUGAUAAAAAAGCCUUAUUUGAUUUCUAUUUUAGUAGCAAUUUGAUGGAAAAUAUCUAAAAUGAAACAUACAGAAAAAUAACAUAAAAAAUUUAUUGCUCUUCUUGUGAUAAGGUUAUUUAUGCACUCGCAUCUAAAGGUGUUUAACAAACUCCGCUUUAGGAAUUUCUGAUGCUUGCAAAAUCAUAAGCAAAGUAAAGAGUAUUUUAAUUGUGUGCCACAAUGAAGAAAGUGAAAGAUUAAAUUGAAUUUGAUAAUGAUAAUUACAGCCAUAAGAUGCUCGGAAUCUACAGAUCAAAUAUUUGGACAGUUCUCUCAACUUUUGGAUUUUUAGGAUACAUUUUUUUUCGUGGAAAAAUUAAGGGAUAUCUUAAUAAGCAUAAAGCUAAACAACUCUGA